AUGGGUCGUAACAAAAUCGAGCUGAAGAGGAUAGAAAACAAUACCAGUCGGCAAGUGACCUUUUCGAAGCGUAGGAAUGGUCUUAUAAAGAAGGCAUAUGAAUUAUCAGUUUUAUGUGAUGUGGAUGUGGGCCUCAUUGCCUUCUCUCCAUCCGGCCGACUUAGUUACUUCUCCGGCGAUAAAAGGAUUGAAGAUAUUUUUGCUCGUUUCAUCAGCCUGCCUUCAAAUUUGAGAGAUUAUCCUAUUGAGAACGAAGAGAGUCUGGAGCUGGAAAUUCAGAGAACGAAACAACAACUAGAGCUCACCGAGGCCCAACUGAAGGAAUACGAACCUGACCUAGGACAGGUCAUGUCCGCGACUGAAUACGAAGCGCGUGAGAAAAUGCUUAAGGACACGCUGACACGUGUCAUUGAGAGAAAGAAAUUUCUGCUAUACAACCCGCCGUCGUAUGUUCAGCCGAUGGUUGACCCAACUGCAGCUCAUCCUUUUUUAAUGGACACAACCAGGCCUCACUGGAUGACGUUCCUUGGCCCAUGCAAUCAACGGAUGGGGUUCCCUGUCAAUCCACACCUACAUGAGAGCCACAUCAAUACUACACACCCCAUGGACCACACCUACAAUGCUGAUCAUGCUGCAAACCUGGCACCUUCACAAAAUGUGGGCCCGUCCUCGCAGCAUCCAGUCGUCCACAUUCAACCAAAUUACUCUGGAAUCAAGGAAAUGGAGGGCCAUCAAAUUCCUUCCAUGUUCCCCGUGCAGCAGGGGCAGAUCUCACCUGACUACAUGGGAAUGGUGGGCCAUGACAUUCCCAGAAUGCAGCCACAUGAGCAGGAGGAUGCUUUCCACAACAACUAUACAGUACCAGCUUCUUUACCUGAGGGAACUAUGGGCCAUCACAUUCCUGAAAUGCCACCUCAUCACGAAGGCGAGAUCCCAACCAAUUACUUUGAGGAAAUGGAGGACCUUGAUGUGCCCUUGAUGCAACCCCAUGAGCAAGUGGAUCCUUUAGCCAACAUCUACGAAGGGCCAAAUUCACCCAUGGGCUUUGAUGACCACGUGAUGUUUCCUUACGAACUGCACCCAGAGAGGCUUCCAAAUUGGGUGGACGUGGUGCCGCCCUUAUUCGAGGACGUGAAUUGGAUGGCGCAGAACAUGCCCAGUAAAACUGAGGCUUUUAUGGGGUCCUACGAAGAUCACACAAGGGAUUCUUCCUCAACGGUUUAUAAUCCAGUUUAUCAAGGGUAUGGAUUAGAUGCAGAUCCGCAACUCCGAGUGUAUAAUGGCAGCACAUCAGAUGCUCAAAGCUCAAACGGAUGGGCUUGGGAUAAUGUGUACACAUCAUCUGGCCAUCCAACGGGCGUACGUGGUUAUCCCAAGAUAGAGGAAAUGGUGGGCCCCACCACGCAGAUGGGUGGGCCAUAUCAGGAGGAGGCAUCCAACAGUUGCUCCAACAUGCCUCCAUACUAAAGCCCAAUCACUGGU